GAUACGGUGUCGAAAGUUUUUACGUCAUAAAGAUAGGUUUUAUUUUCUUCCGGAAUUCCCUAUGAACUUUCCAAAUGUGAUUAAUAGUUAUUUACCAGAAAAUCGGACAUCCUUUUUACGCUUUUCUGUAUACAAGGGAAGAAACGCAGGAUGUCUGAUGUGGUUAUUAGAAGGAAGGGAACCUGGAUAGAAGAAAGAAGCAUUGGCUCAGGUGGAUUUGGAGCUGUAACCUUGUGGAAAAAUGAGGAGUCAGGUAAAUACGUGGCCAUUAAGAAGUGCCGGCUGGCCAAUGAGAUGACAGACAAGCACAAGAAGCGGUGGCAGAUGGAGGUGAAGAUCAUGGGCAAGCUGGAACACGAGAACGUGAUCACGGCCCUCGAGGUGCCCGCCGAGUUAGACGUUAGGCCCACAGAGCUCCCGCUGCUUGCCAUGGAGUACUGCUCUGGUGGGGACCUACGCAGGUUGUUAAACAUGCCUGAAAACUGCUGUGGCUUGAAGGAGUAUGUUGUGCGGUGCCUCAUCCAUGAUGUCUCAGCCGGGAUUGAAUAUCUCCAUAGCAACAAGAUCAUACACAGAGACCUCAAGCCUGAAAAUAUUGUUAUGAAGCCAUUAGAUGAGCGGACCAUUUACAAGAUUAUUGACCUUGGCUAUGCAAAGGAGCUGGACCAGGGAAGCGUAUGUACUUCCUUCGUCGGCACAUUGCAAUAUCUGGCCCCAGAACUGUACUCAAGCAGUAAAUACACAUGUACUGUUGACUUCUGGUCCUUUGGUACGGUGGUGUUUGAAUGCAUCACUGGCUACAGACCAUUCCUUCCGGACCGCAAACCCAUAGAGUGGCACAACGAAGUGUGCAAGAAAUCCCCAGAUGAUAUUUGUGCCAUAGUUGAACAUGGGGAAGUGAAGUUCUACAGAUGUAUACCAACCACUAACAGACUGAGCAGGUCUAUGCAGACUUAUCUAGAACAGUGGUUAAGGCUGAUGUUGAGAUGGGACCCCAAGGCUCGAGGUGGAGGACUAGGGAAGGAUAGUCGAGCCACAUGCUUCAAUAUACUCGAAACUGUGCUAAAUAUGAAAAUAAUAUACCUCCUACAGGUGUCUACCAAUGACUUGCUGACAUUCCCUGUGAUAGACGCCCACACAAUCUACGACCUUCAGCGGCGUAUUGAGGAUGAGACCCAGAUCGCCAUUGGUGACCAGGACAUCAUCAUGGCCAAUGGGAUGACUCCAGACCAGUCCAAACCUGCCACACAGUGCUGGCUGGAACCGUCCGAGCAGGAGUAUUUUGUGUUCCUGUUCCGCCAUGGUGGUGAGAACUUCUCCAUAGAAGGAGUUGAUGGGAAGACCAAGAGGGCUUUCCCGCCUCUCAUACAGGCCAUUGUCAAGGAUGCCAAGACUAUGCUGCCAUUCCAGGAACAAAAAAGAACUUGGGCUGAGUCGGUUGUUUACUGUGAAGAAGUCCAUCAGCUUUUCAAACGGCUAGUGCUCAGUCAACGGGCCAUCAUGUUAAGUUUAUUAAGGAGUGAUUCCCAGUUUGUAAAAACCAAGAAUAAAAUGUUGGCAGAGAAAGAAGUUAUGUUGACAAAGAUUAAAUACUUCCAGGAAAGUUUAGAACAUGAUGUGAUGUUUUACUGUGAACAAGUCAACAAUGGUGGAGUUACAGGUUCAGACAGGAUGUACACAAAGUGGAUGAAAAUGACACAAGAUGUACUAGAAUUUAAAAAGCUGGAAAAUAGGGUGGUAGAGCUGGAUAACCAUGCAAAUGCUCUACAGACGAGGAUAGUGGAAUUGCAGAAAAGUCCCUUUGCAAAAACAAAACAGGAUGACACUCUUGAGCAGCUAGCUAAGCAGGCCAAGAAGGCAUAUCAAGAUUUCAGACAACAAGUUAGAGACAACCGUGACGAGGUGAGGGACAACAAGCCAAUCGUGAAUAUCAUCGUGAAGUCAGUCAUGUGGCGGGACAAGAAACUGCCUGAUCUCUACGCUCACUUGGGGAAGAUCAGUGCAUGUAAGUAUGACUUGAACAAGCUUCUGCCUGAGAUAGAGAACUGCAUCCAGGAGAUCCAGGUGAACUCCAAGAAGAUCACGGAGUUCCAGACACAGCGACAGACGGCAGUAUGGAAACUCCUAGAAAUAGCCAUACAGCAGGGCCGUAAGGACCAGACCAAUCCCAGCACCCUGGAGGACAUGGUGGACCUGCCUGGGCUGGGUCACGUUGACUCUACCUCACCCGGCCCCAUCUACAUGGGCCCUGCCCAGCCCUUCACUCCUGGGUAUGGGGCCAACAGCUAUAUUGAGUCUGUCCUGGCCACGCCCACCAUGCUGGAGUCUGUUCAGGUGUUUGAGGACUCCAGGGCAACCAGUAAACAAAUGGAAAAUGCCCUUGGAGAACUUAUGAAGGACCAUGAUAUGUUUUCUAUGAAAAUAAAUGACUUUGAUAAAUAUCUUGGAGAUGGAACAUUCGUAUAACAUGUGCAGACCUUUCAGAAUUGUAACAAGGUCGGUAUAUUUGGAACCUGCAACCUGUUUCCAUGGUUACCUGUUGCUAUAUAGCAAUUGUGAAUAUGUCUGUGAUGGAUACUUUGAAAGGCCCACUCUUGAUGUUUAUGGUUACUACUACCGUGGUAGUACUGUUAACAAUACAUCACAAAGUGCCGAUCAGACUUUAACAGUCUGUGUGUAUGUGUUUGUGCUUGUCAAGACUUAUUUUCAGUGAUGGACAGGUGAAAUUCAUGGAAUAUGAAAGUGUUCAUCUGAAUAAACGACUAAUCAAUUUCAAGAGUUUUAAUAAUUUUAUCUUUUUAUAUCACAUGUCCAUUUAUUCUAGUGUGUUUUAAAAACUGACAUUUAGUUGGUAGAUCUUUAUGUUAUUUGUGUUUUUUAUCACAAUACAAUGCAAUAUGCAAAUCUGUUGAUUAAGUCUCAUGGUAUAACUCAGUUGCCCUGAAUAGAAAAUAGUAGCUCUGUGUUCCCUAUGUAACAUAUUCCUGAAGUAUGUGAUCUAAAUGUUUAAUAAACUUCCAAGGCUUAGUUGGGGGAGUUGUUGACUGUCAAGUUAGGGUGCUAGAGUCGAAUACCAGCCAGCCAUAUGAACUGGUCUGGUGACUGGUUAUGAUAUUAUAUAUAUGACCAUUCUCCCCUACUUUGAAUUAAAGUAUGGCAACAAAAUGACUGUGAAUCUGUAUACAGCCGUGUUUAUUUCGAUGUAUUUAUUUAUCAUUACUUUGUAAUCAUAGCUAUUAUAGGUACUUUGUAUUAUUUUCACACAUAUUAUUAUUUUGUGAUUUCUGACCUUCUGUCAAACAUGUCUGAAGCUCCGUCCACAUGUGACCCAUGGAUAGUAAUGGGCAUCCCAGUAGUAUUAAUUAGUAAUAACAAUUAGUAAUUAUAUUAACUGGUAUGUGUAACUCAGCCAAAAAACAAGAUAAUGGUUAAAGGAGCACUAUUGUAUACUUUAGUAUUAACAUGUAAACUAAUCAUACAUAUUGUGUGGUAUGAAGGUAAAUUAUAGCUACAUAAUAUGAAGAAAAGAUGAUGUUGGUGCAAUGUGUUAUGUAUUUAAAUUUUAUAAAAAACUGUGUCAUAGAUCCUUACUAAUUAAUAAGAUGACUAAGUUGGUUUAUAUGUCAUGAAUUACAGAGAUGCAUUUGCUUGUUGCCAUUUGCGGCAAUAUUGAAAGACAUUUAGACUCUUGUACAUAUUUGUCAACAAUAUUAAUAACUGUCUGUUAAUGCUUUAAAUAGAUGUUUUAUUAAGAAUAGUGAUCUAUGUUGAAAUAAAGCUUAGAAAAAAAUGGUAUACACUUAAUCAACAAAUUAUUUUUUUAAAUGUGUCUUUAUAAAAUUAUAAUUUCCAUGGUUUCUGACUAAGAUUCUUUUGUCAUUCUAUAUGAUUUACUUAGCGGUAUUUCUUUGACUGUUAAUGAAAUUAUUUCUUGUCCAAUGGCAGAUUAUCUUAAUUUUGGUACAUUAAACAAGUGUUAUUUACACAACUUUUCUAGUCGUUGUCUGAUAUUGAAGAAAUGUUACCUAUAUUUUUUAUGGUUUGAGAUAAAAAGAACAAUGUAAACCAAAGCCUGCCUUUACAUAACUUCCAAUAUUUCCUCUGUUUUUUUACACACAUAAAAGAAACUUAGGGAAAUAGAUGCACGAUUUUAUUAAUAAAUAUGAAAAUGA